AUGAAAAGAAAACAAUCUUUGAAUCGGAAAAUGUCAGACGACGCGAGAGCCAAGUUCGAGGACAAGGAGCGCAAGAAGGCGGAAAUCCGACAGCGAUUGGAGGCGCAGAUGAAGUCCACGAAGAAGAAGGGCUUCAUGACUCCGGAAAGGAAGAAGCGACUGCGGCAACUGUUGCGCCGGAAAGCGGCCGACGAAGUGAAGCGCCAGCAGGAGCUCAAGGAGAAGGAGCGGCUGAAAGUGAUCGGGGAAAGGACGGGAACUCCGAAGGCGGCCGCCGACGCCAACGAGGGUCAGUGCGAGUGGGCAGCGGUCACCACUCUGAUGGCGAUCUGCAAAGAGUACUACAACCGGAUCUACAGACUCAACGAGGACAAGUGGGACCUGGAGCUGGUCACGUGCAUCAAGGAGUACGAGGUGAGGGGUGAGGGGUCAGGUGUGGGGUCAGAGAUCAAUGACUUGCAGUCGCGAGUGAACGACAUGAGAGGCAAAUUUAUAAUCCCGCCGCUGAAGAAGGUCUCGAAAUAUCAGACGCAGUUGGAGAAGAUGCGCCAGUGGACGUACAAGUUGGCGAAGAUGGACCUGAAGGGCGGUCUGAAGCCGGUGAAGAAGGAGAUCGACCUGGGCGGCACCGACGCCGCGAAGAAGCCCGACUGGGUGGCCGGCAAGCAUAGAGAAGAGAAGAGUAUAAAAGAGAAAGACGAAAAAGAGCGCAAAAGAGCGGAACUGCGGCAGCGGUUGGAGGCGGAGAUGAAGUCCGCGAAGAAGAAGGGAUUCAUGACUCCCGAGCGCAAGAAGAAACUCAGGGUUGGGAAUCAGGAAGUAAUGCUUCUCUCUCUUUGGCAGCAAUUGUUGCGCAAGAAAGCGGCCGAAGAGCUGAAGAGAGAACAGGAGUUGAAAUCCAUAGAAAGGAAGCGCAUUAUCGAAGAGCGAACCGGAGUUCCGAAGAACGUGAAGGAGAUCUGCGAGCAAUCAGAAUUGAUCGCAAUUUGCGAAGAAUAUCACAAAAGGAUUGUGUUUUUGGACGAAAAGAAGUUCGAUCUCGAAGUGGAAACUGUUGGCAAAGAAUACGAGAUCAACGAAUUGUCGGCCAAAGUGAAUGACGUCAGGGGGAGAUUUAUAAUCCCGCCGCUGAACAAGAUCUCGAAGACGGCGACGCAGUUGGAGAAGAUGCGGCAGUGGACCAUGAAGUUGGCCAAACUGGACAUGAAGGGCAGUCUGAAGCCCGUGAAGAAGGACAUCUCGAAAGAGUUGGGCGCCCGCGAGACGGACGUCAAUUAUUUCCAUAGAAAUAGAAAAAUGCAAACAAUUUCCGAAAUUAUUUUCGACUCGAAACCCAUUUUGUUGCGAAAAACCCCCGAAAAAGACGUCCAUUUCCUCAUCGAAUACAAGGCCGAAGAAGACGUGCUUUCGGUCACCAAAACAGAGACUUUCGGCCAAAAGCGACCGAAACUCGAGCGCUGGACGACUAUAAGGGAACUGCUGUUCGCCGAACACGAAGAAGACGUCGACGGAGAGGAGCGGAACUCGAAUGGAGACAAAGACUACGAAGAAAUCGAGGUUUUGGACGAAAGCGAAGACAGAAGCGAAGAAUCGGACGAAAAGUCGGAAAUAGUUUCCUUUGUUUGCGAUUAUUUCCACGUUUUUAAUGUCUUCAAAGUCCUCGCAAUCGUUCUCUGUGUCAACGGUUUCGUUCUUCAGUCCAUUCUUCUCUUCUCCGAACCGGAAAUGCGUUUCUCGCGUGAAGAAGAUUCUCUCAAUUCUCUCGCCGUUUGUUUUCGAACUCAAAUCACCGCUAAUUCGACGCUAAGAGAGGUUUUGUCUCAUUCGCCGCAAACGCGAUGCGAACGCGAAGACAGUGACGCCAUCUGUGGAGCGAAACGGAAAUCUCUUUUCGAAAACCGAUUUCUUUGUCUUCACUUCGAGUUCGAAAACGAGAUCCAGAUUUUCGCCGAUUUUUCUUCGAAUAUUUUGCUCCAAAUCCACUCCAAUGGCGAGACUGCGGACGAGAGUGCGGCCAAACUGGAGCUCUCGCUCGACUCUGGGCUCGAACUCAGGUUUUGGACUUUAAUUGCGGAACAAUUGGAAGAGAAUUGCGAACAAAGAGUGGAAUCGCGGAAUGAAUGCUUUCAACACUGUUUGCGGGAAUUACUGUUCAUUGACUGCCAGUGCAUUCCCGAAAGCGGACUAAAUGUCCAUUUGUUCCCCGAAUUCGAAAAUCUCGCCUUUUGUUCGAAAAGCAAUUGUUUUUCCGAAAAUUCGUUCCAAAAGUGUCUCAAAAAGUGUCCAAAGAAUUGCGAACAAAAUAUUCACUUUUUGUCCACAAUUUCGGACUUUUUUGAACCAAAAAAUCAGACAUUUCUUCGCAUUCGUCGACAAAGACUCGCAUUUCCCGCGAAUCGCGUCCAAAAGCGCUCUUCAGCCGAACUCACGGCUCUUUUUGGCGGACUUUCUUCAAUAAUGUGUUGCUAUAUAACAGCGCGAGAGUCUAGACUUGCGUUCAUUCAAAACACUUUGAAUUUCAAACGAAAACUCGUUUUCAUGUCUUUUGCGCUCUUUUUCGCCAUUUUCCUCACAUUCUCUUCUCUCCACUCUUCGGCCGCCGAACUGAUCCCUCGCUGGCCGUGGAAGGCCGAGGAGUACGCCACUCUCGUGCCCGCGCUGUGUCUGCGCAACGCUUCUCAAGAGCAAAUCCGCGUCUGCGAUCCCGACGCCCUCUACCGCCCGGAACUCAUGAACGCAUUCAAUGCCGAACUGUUGGCGCGCGAGAGACCCGAAGAGGCGGCGCUCAUGGCGUGUGGGGAACGCCCUCUGGUGGUGGGCGUGGCGUUCGCCGAACAGACGCUUCGCGAGGAGACAACAAUUGAGUGCGAAUUCAGGAAGCGUUUGUGGAUCACGUGCUCAACAGAUGGCGCCUCACGUCUCGCGACUGUCGAAACGACGUCUUGCUCUUCAUUGAGAGCCAAAGAGAAGAGUUUUGGAAACAUUUCUCGAAAAUUCGCGCGCAACGCUUCCCGACGUUUGCAUGAGUUGUACUCGAGACUUCUGCUGGAGUCGAGUCUCGGCCGAGAGGACUCGAGCGCAGGUCUCGCGCCUUUCAUCUAUUGUUUG